AUGGGCCCCUGUACCGCCUCCUCAUGCUGCUGCCAGGCCCGUAAUCUGUCAUGGGCCCCUGUACCGCCUCCUCAUGCUGCUGCCAGGUCCAGAGUGUGUCAUGGGUCCCUGUACGGCCUCCCAUUGCUGCUGUCUCCAUCGCCACACUCUGCCAUGUGCCACUUUCAGGUCUCCUCACACUGCUGGUGGGUUCCAUUUUGUCAUAGGGUGCUGGCAGAUUACGGGCCUCCCAUUGCUGCUGCCAGGCCCGUAAUCUGCCAUGGGCCUCCGUACCGACCUCCUCAUGCUGCUGCCAGGCCCGUAAUCUGUCAUGGGCCCCUGUACCGCCUCCUCAUGCUGCUGCCAGGUCCAGAGUGUGUCAUGGGUCCCUGUACGCGGCCUCCCAUUGCUGCUGUCUCCAUCGCCACACUCUGCCAUGUGCCACUUUCAGGUCUCCUCACACUGCUGGUGGGUUCCAUUUUGUCAUAGGGUGCUGUA